GUUUAGCUUCGUUCGUUUCCCCUGUUUCUUUCUUUCCAUUGCAAAACCUAUUUUCCCUACUUAUUCAAUUCACAAUUCCUUGAAUACUUCGAACGGGGUUGUUUAUUCAUUCUUCGUUCCAUUGUGUUCACAACACCCUCUGCGGAGCCCAACACCGCAAGUAAACAUUCCUUGUCCACAAUGGGAGGUUCCCCACGGCGGGCUGAAUUCCUCGUCAGCAAGAGCUCUAUCGAUUGCAAUUGCAUAACAGUACCUGCUCGCGACGCGCCAGAUGGCUGGUUACUCUCUUCACCUGUGACAACGAUCUUCUCUAAAAUGCAUCUCUCCCGACCCCGCCAAGUCUCAUCGUCGCCAGAAUCUGAUGGCUAUCUGAGCCCGAGCACACUCGUCCGACUUACCAGGGCUUGUCAAGCAACAUCCAAAGAACUUCAGAACCGUCUCUCCAUCUCAUCAGAUAGCUCUGAUCCGGGGAUGAUAUACGACCCAUUCAACUCGUCUGGUUCCGAUACCUCCUUCGAGGACCAUCUCACCCCCAGCCCCUCGGAAGCAGAUAUCGCCGCUUUGCAAACAGAGAACGAGACCUGGGAUCUAUACUGGACACCCGUUAACGAGUCGCCACUACCAUUACGCCUCAGUGCAUACAAAUCUCGUCUGCGCCAAGAUCCUACCCUCUCGCCAUGCAAUCGCAACUUUGCGUCUUCAAGCCUGUCUUCUUUCAAUAGCCCAGAGGCUUCUCGAGAUCUACGCAGGUCAGACACACACAGGGCACCGCGUCGGCCAAACUAUUCAUCGCCACCUUCCCUGCCCGUCCUCCCACGGACAACAUACUCGCCGUUCCCAACCUGUACAUCCACCGUCCCGCCAAGCCCGAUUCCGUCUCGCUGCCUCGCAAACCCUCAACCACAACAACACCCAACAGACCCUCAACACACACAACAUAAAUCCUGGCCCACACGUACAACUUCCACCCUCUCUCCCUCUCCUUCCCGCGCACCUCUCCGCACACGCUCGCACACAACGCCCAGCACACCCUCCCAAUUCGCACCAACGUUCCCCUCAAACCUCAGCACAUGCACAACGCUCGAUUAUCAAUCAUCGAGUACCCCUUCACCAUGCAGCUCGUCGCCAUUGUAUAUGCGCCCUCUCCCAUAUCCGCAUUUCCUCGAGAAUCCCAGAGGGCUGCGCAUGGAGAUCGGUAAUGAAACUAGCGUGUGGGAAGAUGACGAGGAGGAUGAGGUGGUGAGUGGGUUAGUGGGGAGCUUGAGAAGUAAAUUGCAUAUAAGGAGUUCGAGUGCGGAGGGAGAGACAAAUGGGGUGUUUGGGGUUAAGGCCAGGCAGGGGAAGAAGAGGACGAGGAGGAGUCUGAGUGAGGUUGUUAAGGGUGUUUUUAGGGCGAGGAAGAAGUGGGGGACUUUGUAGUUUGUAGCUGUGUGCUGUCCGUUUUAUGGGAACUUCCAGGACCGGGAAAAGGGAUGUAAUGAGUGAUGAUGAAAAUGACUAUGAAAAGUCUGUCCGGGAAGGACAGCGGGCAAAAGGAUGUUUGUUAUGAUUUAUGAUGGAGCAUGAUGAAGUAAAAUAUACGCAGUAUCG